AUGUCGGACCUCAGGGAUCGGGCGGCGGCAACUCGCUGCCGCGCUUCGGAUCGGAGGCCCGGCCCUGGUCCCUUUGCUGUCGGUGGUCAUCCUGAUUUACUGCUGGAUGUCAGCUCCCUGAUUCUUGAAGUGGAACGGUGUCACCACAUGUCCCGCAUGGUCCUGGAGGUUGUGCUGACCUUCUUUGCCUGGGUCCUUGUGUACGCGUCGUUGGCGUACAUGAAGGUGCCUUUCAAUCGAGACCUUUUUGGAAAGGGCUUGCUAGUCUCGGUCUGCAUCGUAAUGUACUCCGCCUUCGGUCGAAGCGUCAUGAAAGCAUGCCAUGACAAUGUGGUGUGGUCCCUACUUGAUACCGGGGAUCUCGAGAAUCUACAAGCCUUCACUCCUCCCCACUUCGCGUGGCUGUCCAUCCACGAGGAUGACAAGAUAACUCCUCUGCAGAAGGCGGCCCUCGCCGGCAUUUCGUCGGAAGAUUUCGACCCGUACUUCCGGGUCAUAGAGUGGGUGGUGGGAGAAGGAGCUGAUCCAGCCCAGCAAGCCCCCGUCUCCUGCACCUAUGGCACGGAUCUUUGGAAGAACCACGACAAGAAAGGAACGCGGGUCCACAUCGACUACAAGAACCAUUCUGCUGUUUCCCUGGUGCUCUCCUGCCGAAAGUGCUUAGAGCAUGAGAUGAGCCAAAAAGGAAAGCAGCAGGCCGACUGGACCCGGGAGAUCGAGUACCUGAAGGGAGCCCUGGCAAGGAUGGCCAAGACCGAGGCGAAUGUCAAGCCACCCAGAAUCACAAUCAGUCGAAGCGUUCUGGAGCUGUGGGAGAGCCUGUGCCACUGCACCAAGACCCAUAAUGUGACGUUCGAAACAUCCGACGGACAAGUCACGGCGCACGACCUGGUGUUGCAAAAAGCAUCGCCGGUGUUAGAUGCCAUGCUAUUCGGCUCUUUGGUAGAGGCUCGCAGAAAGACCAUCGAUGUGAAGGACGCCAGCAGCAGUGGAGUCUCCCUCUUCCUUGAGGUGUUAUACACUGGAUGCACCUGCAACGAUCUGGAGUGGGAAACUGUCCUCACAGCGAUGGACUUGGCACACAGAUGGGCCGUCGACUAUAUCGUGGUGAUGUUAAGUGGGAUUCUGCAGACGAUGAUCAACGAUGAGAACUUCGUCGCGAUCACCGAAGCGGCUGCAUACAAAGGCCCAGACGCCCUGAGGAAGGCCUGCCGAAUGUUUGGUAACAACAACAAGACGGUCCAAGCACAGCUGAAAGCUGGCAAGCUGCCGCGCGUUGUGCAAGACCUGCUUGGAGUCUCCGAGGGCCCCAUGAAUGGGCAGAAGAAGAGACGCCUGGCAACCUUCGAUGCAGAAGAGGCGCUGAAGAGGAAGAAGCUCGUGGCAGGUGGCUUCUGGAUAGCGCUGCUGACUGAUUUCUGCUUUGGUGCUGAAGAGGCUGAAAUAUGUGUGCCGACCCUCUUUGUCAUGCUUUGUGCAUGCAAGGUUGCUUAUGCGUCCUGCGAGAACUACAUUGACGCAAAUCAAGGCACGGAGUUUGAGCUUUCCUUGCUGUCCCCAUUGCGGCCCUGUCCAAAGAGGCGGCAGGCGGACCUGACUUCGGUGGAUCCUGCCCCUCUUCAGGCGGAUGCUUCGGACGCACCCAGUAGCUCCUACGAGAUGCUGGAGGCUGCAGCUGCCGCGAGGUUCAACACCAGCACUUAG